AUGUUACCAGGUUACGUACUAGUAUGUCGAAUGAAGGAGAAAUACUCCGUAAAGUAAAUACUAGCUUACUUACAGUAGUUAUUUACAAGAGUUAGACAGUAAAUAACUAGUACUCAUGGUACUCAUGGUACUUGGUCGAACAUAGCCGCAGCAGGUCUAUCUAUGUCUUUACGGUUAUUACCGGACGCCGGUCUGUAAAUCGUGGCUGUAGUGUAGGCCAUAAUUAUGGGGUGUGUGUAGCUAGCGAGACAGCAGCAAGAUCUAGAUCGGCAGCACUGGAGAGAUAUCCAGGACGUCUCGGAGACCUGUUUCAAGUUCAACCUCUACAACUCACUGCUGACAGUGCUGUGCUGCAGCGCUGCGAGUGACCAAGCACGCGGCUAUUUCUCGCAGAGCGAAACAACAGAUUCGUCCUGUCACAGGCGGUGUUCAAUAGGCCAUAGGGUCGACCGAGGGGGGCCACUUGCGCCACGGAGUCGAACACAUACUCCAUUGUCUUCCAAUUCUACAAACAACAUGAGCAAGCAGGUACCAAACGUGUAUGCUAAACGACCUCAUCGGGGCGGAACGCCUUUACUGUGCGACGACUUCUUGGCCAAGAGCGAGGAGAUCAUGCAGGAUGUGAAGGGCUAUCUGAAGGAGAGCGAGGAGAAGCAGCUGCGGCGGCGUGAGCGACUGCACCAGCGCUGGGAAGAGGAGCACUUUCGCAAGCACCAGGAACAUGUUGCAUGGCAACUGGCUGGGCCUCGCUAUGAUGUCUUGAAGCAGAGGCGGUCUGCACAUGCAAACCAGUAUCUUGAUGUCACCGACCGGAAGGGGCACGUCUUUCUGGACUCCUACUCGUCAAAGGAUGGCUAUGAUCCCUUUGCGCUCUCUCGCCAGCGGCCACAUACUCUCAAGACCUCUCCCAGAAACUGGAAAACAGACCCGCUUCAGUACGUCGCUACCGAGACAAGCCGUACAAGGAAUAUCCGAACAAGUGAAAUAGAUGCAGCGCCUCACAGCAAGAUGAUGUUCAUCACUCACCCGCAGAAGCCCCUGAAGCCGCUGGGCCGACACGGCACAAGUUGGGACGAGUGGGAUGAGAUGGGCCGAACCUACAUCGACAGCGAUGCACGGCAAUGCAGUCAGCAAAAGAUACUGAACAUUCGCAACACAAGUGGCGACUGUGCCGAUAGCCUAGUUGAUCGGCUACCCGCGCUGCCAUCGACGUGAGUGUUGACGAUACAGUGCACACACACACACACACACACACACACACACACACACACACACUGCACGUAACGUGGUACAUGUACAUGUUAUAUGUGAGACCUGGCCCAAUGGGCAGGUAGCAGCACUCCGGCAGCCAUGUGCAGCUGCACCUCUGGUAUCCGGUAGCAACCAGACGGCAAGUGACGUGUCGCACACACACACACACUGUGUUUGUGCAACAUGCGUGCGUGUGUGUGUGUGCAUGUGCGUGUGUGUGAUCCAUUGUGUUUAACAACAUUGUGGGGCUGCCGUGUCCGGAUGAUCCUCGUCCUGCUGUUGGGAGACUGCGCCAAGCUAGACAAGCUACCGUACACAUGUUGAGACCGUUGAGUAUCCGUGUAUCCGUGGUGGCCCACACUCUAGUCUGGCCACAAGAACAUGUCUCGUAGACAUGACAACAAGAUGAGAUUCAGAAGACACACAUUUUUGUAUCUUAUCUCAUGGAUUUCAUCUCUCUGACAACCGGGUUGUGACCAUGGUGACAAUGGUGCAUGUAGUGUACUGCUACUGCCCUGCACCAUACUUCACCUGAACUCCACCACAAUCAGUAUAUCAUGUAAUGAACUGGCUCAGUGACCCUUUUAACAGUUUUAGAAAUCUGAAAAUACCGCUGAAUGAGAUUGGUCUGAGCUGCUCAGAACCCAUGGAGUGAGCGCACGUGCUGCCGUGCUGGACAUGGCUGGGCCGAGAUCCUAUCAGGAAGUCUUUUGCACGUUGCUUUGCUAUGGGAUCGGCAGUGUACGUGAACGGUCAUAAAUGAACGCCACAAAGCUUGCACUGAGCUGAAGGUAAUUAUUUGCAUGCUUUGUUCCGAAAUUUUGUGGAGUUCUAAACCUGAGCUGCAUCAUCGUCUUGUGCUCGCAAUCCUGCUCUCUGAAGUUAUUUUUCAUCCUCCCGCUGUGGGUGAUUGCAUCUCUGCUGCCUGUAGUAACAACUGCUGGACCAGCUUUUGUUUUCAGAUCCUGAAUGCUGCUCCCGGUUGAUGUUUGAGUGAUAUUCAUUGUGCACACACCACACUGUCUACAAUACAGUGCAGCAUGGCCACAUGCAGCCUUUCCGUGACA